AUGUUCACAAGCCUAACCUUAACAGCGCUACCCAAAAAUACACAAAAGAUAUUCGUCACAAUAACAUCAACGCUCCCUGCGGAUUUUCCAGCGUCUUCACUCUCACUCCGACCGCACCGCUCCCCAGUGCCACACCCACCUUCGCCUUCCACACUGUCGACGUCAAUCAGACAAUCCACCUAUCCCCGCCCCUCUCCCCCAGGCUUUCUAUACCCGGACCCCAUCGUCCCGCGUGCAGUGCAGAACCAAUUACAACACGCAUACACGACGCAGUGCACCGAUAUGACGGGCCACGCGACCAGCAACGUGAUCUGGUACCUCCCCUACGGCCUCGAAGUGCUGAUCUUCACCGUCAUGGUUAUCGGCCUCGCGUGGGCGGGGCGCGUGUUUUUGCUCACGUUUCCGCCGCGCACGUGGAGGGCGAAGAAAGAAGGGGAGAAGGAAGAGAGGAGGCCGGUGAACAAGCCGUCGAAGCAGCACGCCGCGUUCUUCUCUGCGACGUCGAGCUCAUAUUCUCACGCGUCGUCAGUCGAGUACGACCAGGAGUAUGAUAUUGAAGCGCUUGAGGCCGGGACUGCGCCAAGGAGCCCGAGCUUGAAGGCGCAUAAGAAGAAUCUGAGCUGGGCAGAUUUGAGCUUGGAGAGGAUGGAAGGUGCGGUUAGUGGGUGGAUGGGCAAGGUAGCGAGGUGGACAGAUGAUGAUGGGGAUGAGGGGGUCUUGUUGCCUGUUGUUAAUGGGAGACAGCAGAUUAAGGCGCAGUGA